AGUCAGCGUCGCGCCGUGCGCGCCGUCCGCCUCCGCUGCUCGGCGCCCUUAUUUCGGCUGCGAGGGGCGGGCGCGCGCGUAAAGGCAUAGAGACGGGCGUUGAGCUCUCGGGCUAGAGCGUCGCCGAGUCGGAGCCGGAGCCCGAGCCGCGCGCUGUGUCUCCGCUGCGUCCGCCGAGGCCCCCGAGUGUCAGGGACAAAAGCCGCCGCCGCGCCGCCUGCUCCCGUCGCCGGGGCUCAUCCGCUGCCGCCGCCACCCUGAGGAGAGUCCGCCGCCGUCGCCACCCGUGAAGAUCCGAGAGCCAUGUCGGCCAGCAGCCUCUUGGAGCAGAGACCAAAAGGUCAAGGAAACAAAGUACAAAAUGGAUCUGUACAUCAAAAGGAUGGAUUAAAUGAUGAUGAUUUUGAACCUUACUUGAGUCCACAGGCAAGGCCCAAUAAUGCAUAUACUGCCAUGUCAGAUUCCUACUUACCCAGUUACUACAGUCCCUCCAUUGGCUUCUCCUAUUCUUUGGGUGAAGCUGCUUGGUCUACUGGGGGUGACACAGCCAUGCCCUAUCUAACUUCUUAUGGACAGCUGAGCAACGGAGAGCCUCACUUCCUACCAGAUGCAAUGUUUGGACAACCAGGAGCCCUGGGUAGCACUCCAUUUCUUGGUCAGCAUGGUUUUAAUUUCUUUCCCAGUGGGAUUGACUUCUCAGCUUGGGGAAAUAACAGUUCUCAGGGACAGUCUACUCAGAGCUCUGGAUAUAGUAGCAAUUAUGCUUAUGCACCUAGCUCCUUAGGUGGAGCCAUGAUUGAUGGACAGUCAGCUUUUGCCAGUGAGACCCUCAAUAAGGCUCCUGGCAUGAAUACUAUAGACCAGGGGAUGGCAGCCCUGAAGUUGGGUAGCACAGAAGUUGCAAGCAAUGUUCCAAAAGUUGUAGGCUCUGCUGUUGGUAGCGGGUCCAUUACUAGUAACAUCGUGGCUUCCAAUAGUUUGCCUCCAGCUACCAUUGCUCCUCCAAAACCAGCAUCUUGGGCUGAUAUUGCUAGCAAGCCUGCAAAACAGCAACCCAAGUUGAAGACCAAGAAUGGCAUUGCAGGGUCAAGUCUUCCACCACCUCCAAUAAAACAUAACAUGGAUAUUGGAACUUGGGAUAACAAGGGUCCUGUGGCAAAAACCCCCUCACAGGCUUUGGUUCAGAACAUAGGUCAGCAGCCAACCCAGGGGUCUCCCCAGCCUGUAGGUCAGCAGGCUAACAGUAGCCCACCAGUGGCUCAGGCAUCAGUAGGGCAACAGACGCAGCCAUUGCCCCCCCCACCACCACAGCCUGCCCAGCUCUCAGUGCAGCAACAGGCAGCUCAGCCAACCCGCUGGGUAGCACCUCGGAACCGUGGCAGUGGGUUCGGUCAUAAUGGGGUGGAUGGUAAUGGAGUAGGACAGUCUCAGGCUGGAUCUGGAUCUACUCCUUCAGAACCUCACCCAGUGUUGGAGAAGCUGCGGUCCAUUAAUAACUAUAACCCCAAGGAUUUUGACUGGAAUCUGAAACAUGGCCGGGUUUUCAUCAUUAAGAGCUACUCUGAGGACGAUAUCCACCGUUCCAUUAAGUAUAAUAUCUGGUGCAGCACAGAGCAUGGUAACAAGAGACUGGAUGCUGCUUAUCGCUCCAUGAACGGGAAGGGCCCCGUUUACUUACUUUUCAGUGUCAACGGCAGUGGACACUUCUGUGGCGUUGCAGAAAUGAAAUCUGCUGUGGACUACAACACAUGUGCAGGUGUGUGGUCCCAGGACAAAUGGAAGGGUCGUUUUGAUGUCAGGUGGAUUUUUGUGAAGGACGUUCCCAAUAGCCAGUUGCGACACAUUCGCCUAGAGAACAACGAGAAUAAACCAGUGACCAACUCCAGGGACACUCAGGAAGUGCCUCUGGAAAAGGCUAAGCAGGUGUUGAAAAUCAUAGCCAGCUACAAGCACACCACUUCCAUUUUUGAUGACUUCUCACACUAUGAGAAACGCCAAGAGGAAGAAGAAAGUGUUAAAAAGGCUCCGGACGCGCAGGCUCAGCGGCCAUGGCUCACGGGCCCAGCCGCUCCGCGGCAUGUGGGAUCCUUCCGGACCGGGGGCACGAACCGGUGUCCCCUGCAUCGGCAGGCGGACUCUCAACCGCUCCGCCACCAGGGAAGCCCCUUUUAACUGAUUUUUAAAGGAACGUCAAGGUCGUGGGAAAUAAGAGGCAGUUCUGCACAGACUGCAGCAACGGUUGCAUCUGCAUAUCCUAAGAGGAAAAAAAUUGACCUUCGAGAGAAUUAGGACUUUUUUCUUAAUUUCAUUGACUUCAGAGACGAUUGCAGACUUGCAGUUUAAGUAUUGGAAUUUCACAAAAGACAUAGGACUUAACUGGAAA